CACACACACACACGGUGGGCUAUGACUCCAUGUCUGCGCGUAAGGGAGGAUGCUCGCAGCUCGCAGACAGCGGUAUGAAGCGGCGGUCUGUGCGUCCUCCUCCUCCUCCUCCUCCUCCUCCUCCUGCUCCUCCUGCUCUGAUGGUGGUGGGCUGUGUUUUGGAGGGGGGUCGGCAGCCUCCAGCCUCCAGCCUCACUGAGCCUGACAUGAAUGACAAGUAAAGGAGCUGUGAGCUUCACAGGAAUGUGCGCUGCGCCGCGCUCAGGCGGCUCCAAAGACACAUUUUGGACAUUUUGGACAUUUUGGACCUUUCGGACCUCCGUCGGUUUGUUUGUGAACAUCCAGCUGAGAUUUUUUGAUUUUUGAAUUUUGAUUUUUUUAUCUGAACAUUUCUUUGUGCAGCAGGGGGAGGACCGGCAGCGCUGUUCUUUGUCAGGCUCGAACACAAACUUGUCCAUGGCUCUGGUCAUGGAGCCUGUGAGCAAGUGGAGCUCGGGUCAGGUGGUGGACUGGAUGAAAGGCCUGGACGACUGCCUGCAGCAGUACAUCAAGACCUUCGAGAGGGAGAAAGUCGGGGGAGACCAGCUGCUGCGCAUCACCCACCAGGAGCUGGAGGACUUGGGGGUGUCCAGAAUCGGCCACCAGGAGCUGAUCCUGGAGGCGGUGGACUUACUCUGCGCUCUGGUGAAAUACGGGCUGGAGACGGAGAACCGGAAGACGCUGUCUCAUAAGCUAACGCGUUGCCAAGAACCGCAGAACUUCACCGGCCGGCGCCGCAGCGGCCACUACGACGCCGAGCCACCCGCAAGCUGCCCAACGACGUUCCUCACCUCCGUGGUCGACCUGAAUCGCCGCGGCCAAACCCUGGCCUGGCUGGACAGGUCUCCAUUCGCCGCCGUGGCCGAUUACUCGGUGACCAGAAACAACGUGAUCCAGCUGUGUCUGGAGCUCACCACCAUUGUACAACAGGACUGCUCCGUGUACGAAACCGAAAACAAAAUCCUGCAUGUGUGUAAAACUCUGUCUGGAGUGUGCGACCACAUCAUCUCUCUGUCUUCGGAUCCCAUGGUGUCCCAGGCGGCACAUUUGGAGGUUGUGCAGCUCGCCAACAUAAAAUCCACUGAAGGACUGGGCAUGUACAUCAAGUCCACAUACGACGGUCUGCAUGUGAUCACCGGGACAACAGAAGGAUCGCUGGCUGACCGCUGUAAGAAAAUCCACGCUGGAGAUGAAGUCAUUCAGGUCAAUCAUCAGACCGUGGUGGGCUGGCAGCUGAAGAACCUGGUGAACUCGUUGCGUGGUGACCCUGCAGGCGUCACCCUGACCCUGAAGAAGCGCCCGCAGAGCACGCUCACCUCCACCCCGGCUCUGCUCAAGAACAUGAGGUGGAAACCUCUGGCUCUGCAGCCAAUCUUCCCUCAGAGCCCCAGCAGCAGCGUCGCCACCCCCACCAGCACUUUAAGCACCCCGUCCAGGAGGAGCAGCUGCGCCCUGCAGGACCUCUACAUCCCCCCUCCACCCGCAGAGCCCUACACCCCCAGGAGUGUCGAGGCAGUUCCCUCUGGUGGAGGAAGACGCUAUCGUGUAGGUUACGAGUACGGACCAGAACCAGGAGGUGUAUCGGGCCCGCAGGGGGAGCACCCCCACUACGGCAGGCUCAGGCCCAUCUCAUGGCCGGUGGAAUACAACUGGGUGGGAGACAACGAAGACCUGGCCAAGCGUGAAGAAGAGAGCCGGAGAGCUGGGAGUCCCAUGGCUUCGAUCAGCAAGAGGCGGAUCUCGUGCAGGUACCUGGGUCAGGGCGACUGCGAGGGCUGGCUGUGGAAGAAGAAAGAUGCUAAAACGUAUUUUUCACAGAAGUGGAAGAAGUACUGGUUCAUCCUGAAAGACACGUGCCUGUACUGGUACAUGAACGGAGAGCGCUUCAAGGCUUGCCAUCCGAAGAUAAAGACCUUCUACUAUCUGUCGGCAGCAGAAAAUGUGGACGACAUGUCCCGUAUGGCGGUGGCGCGCGGCUACGCCGAGCCGGAAAAAUCCGCCAGGACCAAGAUUACGGGAGUGAGAGCGAUCAAGAGGACAUGGAGAUGCCCCAUGUCCCAAACAGGACAGUCCUCCUCCGCCGUACGACACCUACCCCCGAGCAUCCUCCGAGUUCCUCUCGGAGCCUCUGGACGCCGGCGGCAGCAACAACGGCGUCUCGCCCGGCAGAAGCCGAGCAGCCACCGGAACUCGUGGCACGACCCGAUGGAGAGCAGCGCGAGGAUGCACUACCUCCAGACGUUUCCCGUGGAGGAGCCCAUGCUGCCCGAGGACCGGACCAGCUGGCGAUGGAGUACCGCAGGCAGUCCACCCCCUGCCGGCUCAGCGCAGCUGCUGCAGGAACAGUACCGGGCCCUGCCGCUGCCGCUCAGGACCAGCAUCGACUCAGACAGGAGGGAAACCACGCAGCUUCACCUCCCCAGAGACAGCGGGCUCCACGCCAUCCGGGCCACCACCGCGCUGCGUCGGACCAGAGGAGCCCAAGCACUACCACCCUGGACCGGGCCAGAGACACGGUUAAAGCAGGGCAGGCUCAGGCCCAUCUCAAUGCCGGUGGAAUACAACUGGGUGGGAGACAACGAAGACCUGGCCAAGCUGAAGAGAGAGAGCCGGAGAGAGAACUCCCUGCUGCGCUUUGCGAGCGAGGAUAAAGCGCCGGGGGAGGACUUCCUGCUGGGACGCAGUCUGAGCCAGAACAGGAGGAAGACCGAGCGAGGAGGAAGCCCCACCCAUUACGCGCUGGUCCCCGCCCUGCAGAUGGAGGUCUCCCUGUCCACGUCCAGCUCCGACUCGGCCUCUCUCUACCACGUGUUUGAACGCUCCUCGCUGCUGUCAAGGUCAAAGAAGAAGAGUAAAGCUGGGAGUCCCAUGGCUUCGAUCAGCAAGAGGCGGAUCUCGUGCAGGGACCUGGGUCAGGGCGACUGCGAGGGCUGGCUGUGGAAGAAGAAAGAUGCUAAAACGUAUUUUUCACAGAAGUGGAAGAAGUACUGGUUCAUCCUGAAAGACACGUGUCUGUACUGGUACAUGAACGGAGAGGAUGAGAAGGCCGAGGGCUUCGUCAGCCUCCCCGAGUUCAAGAUCGAUCGCGCCACCGAAUGCAGACGCAAGUUCGCUUUCAAGGCUUGCCAUCCGAAGAUAAAGACCUUCUACUUUGCAGCAGAAAAUGUGGACGACAUGUCCCGGUGGCUGAGCCGUCUCAGUAUGGCGGUGGCAGGCUACGCCGAGCCGGAGAAAAUCCGCCAGGACCAAGAUUACUGGAGUGAGAGCGACCACGAGGACAUGGAGAUGCCCUCCAUGUCCAAACAGGACAGUCCUCCUCCGCCGUACGACACCUACCCCCGAGCAUCCUCCGUGAGUCCGUACCUGGAACCCAAACGUGGCCACCUCUCCUCCUCCGACACCUUCCAGUCCCGCUCCUCUCACGAGGAGUUCCUCUCGGAGCCUCUGGACGCCGGCGGCAGCAACAACGGCGUCUCGCCCGGGCAGAAGCCGAGCAGCCACCGGAACUCGUGGCACGACCCGAUGGAGAGCAGCGCGAGGAUGCACUACCUCCAGACGUUUCCCGUGGAGGAGCCCAUGCUGCCCGAGGACCGGGACCAGCUGGCGAUGGAGUACCGCAGGCAGUCCACCCUGCCGGCUCAGCGCAGCCUGCUGCAGGAACAGUACCGGGCCCUGCCGCUGCCGCUCAGGACCAGCAUCGACUCAGACGCGGGAGGGAAACCACGCAGCUUCACGCUCCCCAGAGACAGCGGGCUCCACGCCAUCCUGGCCGCCACCGCCGCUGCGUCGGACCAGAGGGAGCCCCAGCACUACCACCUGGACCGGGCCAGAGACACGGGCCACGGUCGGGACUGCAGGAUGCAGGCCGACUCUCUGGGCGAUCUGUACCGGGCUCUGGAGCAGACCAGUCUGUCCACCUCGGCUGACCACAGAUCAACCAGCCGCCUCGAGUACAAGCGCUCCUUUGUCCGCCGAGUCAACGACCCCCUGCUGAACGACAAGCUCCACCGCCUGCGGGUCCUCCACAGCUCACUGAAGAAUGUCCCUCUUCAAGACACAAACCGGUCUUUGGGUUUUUUAGGGUGAGGGUCAGUGUGUGGACUGAACCUGGAUCGUAUCGCCUCUGUCUGUGCCUCACUCAUCCUUCUGCUGGACUUCAAACCUGCCCGGGCUCCUCACGUCAUCUCCUGCUUCCUCCUCUCUGCUCCUUCCAGCUGGCUCGCCGUGCAGGAGUCAAAGACCUCAGAGCGUCUCUGGAGCUUCAGCACUUUGUGACUCGUGGAGCUUCACAUGCAUGGCCACCUUCCCUCCUUCUCGCUUCUGUUGAAUCGUUUCUUGAACGUUAUGCUGGAGUUGUGUGCCGCUGCUCACAACGUUUCCUCAUGCAUGUGUGUGUGAUUAAAGGGUGUGUUUGUUCUCUGAGUGUACAGGGUGUUAAACAUAUAUAUAUAUACACAUAAAUAUAUAUAUUUAAUAUUACAUUACUACAGCAGCAGUGACUACACAGAGUUUUGGGGUACGUACAAACUGUAAAUCAAGUGCUGUGCCUCAGUGAUUGUGAAUGUACAUUGUACUUUUCCAAGAGAGAAACAGAAGAAACGAGCUCCUCCUCAGAAAUCUAACGCUUGGCAAUAAUGAACUAGAACUGUAAAUUACAGAGGAACGAUGAGAAUAGUUGUCUAUUUUUGUAUGCAUGCCGUCCAACCUGAUGUUUGUAAAACGGUUUUGUAUUUCUGAGUGUGUUUGGUCGCUCUCUGGCCCCGCCCCGCCCCACCUGGCCCCGCCCACCUGGCCCCGCCCAACCACGUCGUGUUUUUAAGACUUAUUUUAAAAUUUGCCGCAGAAAAGUUUCAGAUUUUUUGAAGUGUUCAGAAAAAGAGGAAUAACUUGUAUUUAUUAUUAAGUGUUUAAUGUACACGCAUGCUUUGUAUGACUAAAACACACGUUACCAUGCCAGUGGAAGUCUGACUCACGUGUGCCACAUUGUAGCUACAUGACUUUUUUAUUGAAUAAAGUACGGCAUGGGCACACAGA